CGCGCGUGCUGCUCUGGUUCAUGAUCGAGAUCGCUAUCAUUGGCUCCGACAUGCAGGAGGUGAUCGGGACGGCCAUCGCUUUCAGCCUCCUCUCUGCUGGACGCAUCCCCCUGUGGGGUGGAGUCCUCAUCACCAUCAUCGACACCCUCUUCUUCCUCUUCCUGGAUAAAUACGGUCUCCGGAAGCUGGAAGCCUUUUUCGGUCUCCUGAUCACUAUCAUGGCAGUGACCUUUGGCUACGAGUACGUGGUGGUACGGCCUGCCCAGACGGAGGUGCUGAAGGGCAUGUUCUUCCCCUACUGCCGUGGCUGCGGGCGGGAGGAGCUGCUGCAGGCCGUGGGCAUCGUGGGCGCAAUCAUCAUGCCACACAACAUCUACCUCCACUCCUCCCUGGUCAAGACCCGCGAAGUGACGCGCUCCCAGAGGCAGGAGGUGAGCGAAGCCAACAAGUACUUCCUGAUCGAGUCCUGCGUCGCCCUCUUCAUCUCCUUCCUCAUCAACCUCUUCGUCAUGGCCGUCUUCGGCCAGGCCUUCUACCACCGCACCAACCAGGAUGUGUACAACGUUUGCGCUAACAGCAGCGUCAGUCAGUACGCCCCCAUCUUCCCCAGGAACAACCAGACGGUCUCCGUGGACAUCUACCAAGGGGGCGUCAUUCUGGGUUGUUACUUCGGCUCUGUUGCUCUCUACAUCUGGGCCAUCGGGAUUCUGGCAGCAGGGCAGAGUUCCACCAUGACCGGGACCUACGCCGGGCAGUUUGUCAUGGAGGGGUUCCUGCAGCUCCGCUGGUCCCGCUUCACCCGGGUGCUCCUCACCCGCUCCUUUGCCAUCCUGCCCACUGCCUUGGUGGCCGCUUUCAAGGACGUCAGCCACCUGACGGGGAUGAACGACCUUCUCAACGUGCUGCAGAGCAUCCUGCUCCCAUUCGCCGUCCUCCCAGUUCUCACCUUCACCAGCAUGCGGCCGCUCAUGCAGGAGUUCACCAACGGUGUUGUCGGGAAGGUGCUGAUGAUCCUCAUCACCGGGCUGAUCUGCGCUAUUAACCUCUACUUUGUGGUGAUCUACAUCCCUACGCUGGGCAGCAUUGCCUACUACGUCCCCCUGGGCUUCGUGCUGGCCGGCUACGUGGCCUUCACCGCCUACCUGAUCUGGACGUGCUGCAUUGCACACGGAGCCAACUUCCUGGCCUGCGGGCGCCACAGCCAGUUCUCCUAUGGACUCCCCUCCACCGACCCGCCAGGCUGGGCAGGGCCCCGAUGACACGUCGUGCCCUGCCCUCUGGGCACUCGCACCACAGGCCUAGGCUUCCUCUGGGUUUGUCACCAUCCCAGGAGGGAACGAAGUCACCACGCAGUCACCGGCAGGGCCGGGGUUCAGGGCUGGGCUCCCCACUCCCCCCAUGGACUGACAGACAUGCAGCAUCCCAGGGCAUCUCCCCUUCUCAGCAAGCUCAGGGCGUGGGGGGACGGUACUGACCAAUCAGCACCUUCGCGGGCACCUGUGAUCACACACACCCCCGGCACCCCAGCUCUGCCAGUGCCCCCCAGUCCUGACCCACAGCCCCCUGCUAGCCUAGUCCUGGUCCCCCCCGAGUGCUGCUGGCGUCCCUCAAUCCCAACCUGCAGCUCUUGUUUAAGGUCCAGACAGGGCCGGCGCUUCCAUUUAGGUGAC